AAAACGCGAAGUUGACUACAUUACAUUAACUAUCUUCUCUUUCAAUACUGCUGACUAGUUUUUUUUUUGUUACAAAUUUUCAUUGAAUUUUUGUUCGAUAAAGGAAUAAUUGGGUGCGAAAGUAUUUUGAAAAAGCAAAAAUACAAUGCGAAAAUUGGAUCAUAAAUUUCCAAGCGUUGCGUUGCUAUUAGUUGUCCUCCUAAUUAGUAGCAAGUGCAUAAAUAAUGUUGCCGGAAGAGAAGCGGAAGAUGACGAUUAUGAAGAUGAGUUUGACGGCCGUACGGACAACACAGAAAUGAAUGAAGAAAAAAAGCACAAUUCAGCUCCAUUGGCUACGGAUGACAACGGUAUAGAAAUUACAUAUGAAAGUCCCAAAUAUGAUAUCGCGAACUUCUAUUUUAUUGAUCAUUUUGAUGAUACUGAGAUGUCCCAAAAAUUAUGGGUCAAAUCGCAGGCAAAAAAAGAUGACAUAGCUGAAGAAAUAGCAAAAUAUGACGGCAUUUGGAAUUGGGAAGCCCCGCAGCGUAUUGUAUGGAAAGACGAUGUCGGUCUGGUAUUGAAAUCUAAAGCUAAACAUGCUGCUAUUGCUGCCCGUCUUGUGAAGCCGUUCACUUUUACGGAAAACAAGCACCUUGUAGUACAGUACGAAGUCACGAUGCAGGAAGGUCAAGAAUGUGGCGGUGCUUACAUUAAAUUAUUAUCAGCGGACCCGGAAUCCGAAGACUUAACUAUGUUUAAUGAUAAGACCCCAUAUACUAUAAUGUUUGGACCGGAUAAAUGUGGCAAUGAUAUCAAAAUGCAUUUCAUAUUUCGUCACGUCAACCCAAUUAAUGGCAGCAUUACAGAAAAACAUUGCCGCAAACCCAAGGAACGUUUAGAAGAGCCUUUUAAAGAUAAACUACCACAUCUGUAUCGUUUGGUGGUCAGACCGGAUAAUACUUAUGAAAUUUCCGUGGAUCACAAAGUCAUUAAUAUUGGAUCGUUGUUAACUGAUUUUACGCCACCUGUUAAUCCGCCGAGCACCAUAGACGAUCCUCAAGACAAGAAGCCUGAUGAUUGGGAUGAACGUGAAAAGAUAACAGAUCCAACAGCAAAAAAACCGGAUGACUGGGAUGAUGAUGCUCCACCUCAGGUGCCUGACGCAAACGCUGCUAUGCCCGAUGGCUGGCUAGAAGAUGAGCCUGAAAUGAUACCGGAUCCUUCAGCUACUAUACCAGAGGACUGGGAUUUUGAAAUGGAUGGCGAAUGGGAAGCACCACUAGUUGAUAACCCUAUCUGUGAAAAAGCACCGGGCUGCGGUACAUGGAAAGCACCUUUGAUAAGCAAUCCAAACUAUAAAGGCAAGUGGCGUGCCCCGCUGAUCAAGAAUCCUAACUAUAGAGGCAAAUGGACACCACGGAAAAUAGCGAAUCCCGACUUUUUUGAAGAUUUAAAUCCCUACAAAAUGACGCCAAUCGCUUCGGUUGGAAUUGAGUUGUGGUCAAUGUCAAACAACAUAUUAUUCGACAAUUUAAUCAUAACCGAUGACGUCAAUGUUGCUCUGGACUAUGCAACUCAAACAUUUGAUGUUAAACGCAAAUAUAUUGAAAAAAAAUCGGAUUCAGUGUUGAACCAAACUAAAGCGUUCUUUAAAGAGAGUCCUUGGGCCUGGUUUGUAAUAGCUAUGAUUAUUGUGCUACCUUUGACUUACUAUUGCUUUAUAUAUAAUAAUAAAAAGGAUGGUUGUGCAGAUGCUAAGAAAACCGAUGCAAUUCAGCCUGAUGACAUUAGUAACGCAGAUGGUGGCAAUGGUGAUAAAAAUUCUAAUUCUAAAAAGAAAAAGUCAGAUUUAGAAGUUAAAGCCGCGGAUGCCACAGAAACCAAUGCUGAAAAUGAAUUUCCUGACGAUGAAAGUGACAGCAAAGACAAAGACUUGACCGAAUCAUUCGAAAUAGAAGACGGUUCUGAAGACAAAGAUGGAGAGGAAAGUGAUGUAGAUGCUAAGAAAAUUGGUGCAAUUCAGCCUAAUGAUAUUCGAAAUGAUGGCGGUGAUGGAGACAGUUCCAAAAAGAAAAAAUCGGAUGUAGAAGCUAAAGCCGCUGGGGUCAUAGAAACCGAUGUUCUUGACGACGACACUGAUGAUAAAGACAAAGAGUCGACUGAAUCGUUCGAAGUGGGACAGGGUCAUAAAGGUGGAGAGGAAGACACAACAAAGCCGCGCAAGCGGCGCGUGCGCAAAGAUGAAUCAUAAAAACCGCUUUUCGUGUGUUCUCAUAAUUUCAAUAGAACUUUUUUUAUAGACAAAAUAAUUCCAAUUCAAGUAGUCGUCUGUUCCAGAAUGUAUUGUUCAAAAGCUGUCACUCUUCAAGAGUUUUUCGUGACGAAAAGAAAGGCGCAUAUCUAUUAACAACAACGAUUAAAAACCAUUUACAGUAUAUACAAAAACGAAAACCAGAUGUGAACAGAAAAUGCGAAAAAUUGAAUUUUCAUCAAACUUGUUUCUUGUUUGUUCUCUUCACUGCGUGGAUUCAUUGGUAAAGCAAAUAUAUUCUCAAAUUUAAUUUUUCAUAGUGUUAGGGAAGAAGCAAAUGUAUAUAAGGGGAAGCGAUGUGAGGAAUAUUUUCUCCUCAUUAUUCUCUUAUGUUCGUUAUAGUAAUUGCAAAAAUUUACUUUUAUUUAUAUGUAAUAGUAUGUAUAGAGUGAGUGGUUUGCUUGGGUUGAUAAUAGUACUAGUGACAAAGACUUUAUAAACGUUGAGUUCGGCGUUGAACUUGAACUUCCAAACACCAUUAUUUAGUAGUACAAUUUCAAAGAUUACUUACUGCAUUUUCAUUUUAGCAAUGGAUUUCUUUACCUGUAAUCAAAUCUUAUGUCAUGGGAGUUCAGUGAAUUUUCUUUUUUUUUCACUUUUGUUUAUUUAUUUAUUUUUUUUUUUGUUUUCCUGUAAUCUUCAUUAGGCUCUAGUAAUAAUUUCUUUUCUCACAAAAGUCAAAGAUCGAUAAUUCCCUCUCGUUCACGAUUUCAUUGAAAAUGUGAGUUUGAUAAUAUAAUCGAGUCUCCUUUUUACAUCCUCGAACAUAAAUCAGCAUUCAGCUUAUUAUCCAGCGCGUUAUUGACGCGUGCAAGCAAGCUUCACUUCAGGACAAAAUGAAUGGAAAUCAUCAUUUAAAUACCUUGUAAUAUAACUGCGGGCUGUGUGAAGCAAAUUGCACGUCUAAAUUAAAAUUCACUUAACAUGAAUAAUAUAAAAUUCAUGCGUACAUAAUUCCUCUUUUCAUACAAAGAUGUAAAAACUAAAAAAAAAAUUAAUUCCAGAUAUAAAUUGGAAA